AUGAGUGAGGUAGCCGAUUUCAGUGACUCUGCGGAUGAGUGGGAGGCAACGCCGAAGGGCCCAGUGGACGACGCUGAGGAAGCUGCAAACGGCAAGCCAAAGCCGAAGAGACCGCAGAUUGAUCAGCUCACAGGCGAAGAGCGCGAACUGGCCGGUGAAUUACUGAAACUUGUCUUCCACCUACCAGAUGGCUCCGUACAGCACCGGGAACAUUUUAUGGGACAGACGGUGUCGUACCUGAAGGCACAAUUGGAGGAUGUGGAUGGUUUGCCGUAUGAGCGCACAACUCUCUUUUUUGAAGAUCGCCAAUUACUUGACCCUCUCUCGCUGAAUGACUUGCCAUUUUCUGUGGAUGGGGAGAAUCAUAUCACCGUACGCCUUUCCAACUGA